AUGGUUUGGAUUUGUCGGAGCUGCCUGCUGAGUCUGCUGAGUGCAGGAUCAGGAUUUGCAGGGCUUGCCUUUCUUUCUCCGAGAUCCAUAUGGAGCGGGGGUGGCGGGAAGAGGCAUCCUGUGAUUACCUGGGCUGAGCCACUGACAUCGGAGAGGAGUGUCGAGGAACUCUUAGGCCAAAGCUUGCCUUUCCUCACAGACACCCACCUCCUGGCGAAGAAUAUCAGCUACGAGGGUCCACUGGCCUCACUCCAUGGUCAAGAGGAGUAUAGCAAGGCAAUGGAGCAGUGGCAGAGACUUCUCCCUGAACGCUUGGAAGGCUUUGAGGUUUCUGAGAUGGAAGCGUGGCAGCUAGAACCUGGUCUCAUCACAGCCCGUUGGCGCGUGUCCUUUGUGGCGCCUCUGCCGCCCACGUUGAAACUCUUGGAGCUGCCGGAGGACGUGCCCAAGAUUCCCGGUGCGGCCGUGCGGGUUGAGACCACCAUGAGGGCUGAACUCACCUUGGAUUCUUCGGGUCGUGUGGUGCGGCACGAGGAAGCCAUUGCCGCUGGCUUCGGCAUGUUGGAUGCCGUCGCCCGCUAUGAGCUGCUCACAGCACGACGCCAGGAGGCUGAUCCUUUCACCUGGUACUGGCGGGUCUUGAAGGAAACUUCCCUUGAGGAGAUGGCCUUCUACACCAACAACCAGGCUUCAACGGAAGAGCUGGAAUGGAAAUUUAAUGAGAUGGUUUUGCGAAACUUUUUCUAUGGUGCUGUGUUGGGUGUGGCGUUCUGGAUCACUUUGAAGCUAACCAUCGCAGCUCGCAUGGCCAACUUGCUGGAAGAGAGAGCUGGUGGCGGCUGA